AUGCGCAGAGUUACUAUUCAGACAACAGCCACAUCAUCCUUAGUGGUCAAGGUGAAAAGGCAUCAGUAUGAAGACCCUUCAUUCACCCAUUACAACGAUACAGCUCCACAAAAGAAGAAAUCAUCAUUCGGGGUUAUUGGAGAUGGAGUCCUCCGAUAUCGAUAUAGGUUGUGUGUUCCCGAUGUAACGGUUUUACGUCAGAAGAUUAUAGCGGAAGCUCAUUCCUCCUGCUAUUCUAUCCACACAGGGUCAACAAAGAUGUACCGCGACAUCAAAGAGGUUUAUUGGUGGGAUGGAAUGAAGAAAGAUAUAGUGGAACUGACAAAGUCAUCACAUUUUCUGCCUGUUAGGACUACUUACUCCGCUGAGGAUUAUGCGAAGCUUUAUAUUAAGAAGAUAGUCCGACUUCAUGGUGUACCUGUAUCCAUUAUCUCCGAUAGGGGUGCGCAGUUUGCAGCUAACUUUGGAGAUCUUUUCAGGAGGGUUUGGGGACUCAGGUGA